GCGUCUAGGUUUGCCUUUCAUCUUCUUCUCUUUUCGGCCUCGCUGUUCGGCUACGUUGCUUCGCAGGUGUAGAGAUUGCACGAGUCGCUUCUUCGCCUCCUUCGUUGCUGUUCGACUUCUCCCCUUCGACGAUUUUCCCUUCCUUUCGGAUCGGAAGUUACCUCAUUUUGAUCGGAAGAAACGACGGGAGCUCGCUGGCUGUGAAGUUACUUUUAUCUGGUUUUCAAAAUCCAAAAUAGUUAUGGAAGGAGCUCAUAUUCACUUGAAAGGGUGGCAAAGAGCAGCAGUUGCUAUUGGCUCAGCUCUCGGUGCUCUAAUGGAUCCCAGAAGAGCAGAUCUAAUUGCUGCGCUAGGUGAAACUACUGGCAUGCCCGCUUUCCAGAGGGUCCUUACCCGGAUGAAGAAUAAUCCUGAAGGCAGGGAAAUUCUUACUGAGCGUCCAAGGGUAAUAUCUUCAAAAGUUUCUCAUGCAUGGGAUUUGCCAGAAAACACAUUUGGAGCAGCAUAUGCUAGGUUCAUGGGAUCAAGAAACUUCUCACCUGAUGACCGGCCACCGGUUAGGUUUAUGAACACAGAUGAGUUGGCAUAUAUAGCCACACGUGCUCGCGAAGUCCAUGAUUUUUGGCACGUGCUAUUUGGCCUCCCGACGAACUUGAUCGGCGAGUCUGCUCUCAAGGUGGUAGAAUUUGAGCAGAUGCUUCUUCCUAUGUGUAUGCUGUCAGUGAUUGGGGGAACAGCAAGGUUUAAUGAGAAGCAAAGAUCUCUCUUCUUCGGGCAUUACUUACCCUGGGCGAGCCGUGCUGGAUUGAAGUGCACAGAUCUGAUUUGUGUGUAUUAUGAGAAGCAUUUCCAUGAGAAUCUGGAGGAUGUGAGAAGGAAAUGGGGAAUAGAGUUUUGUCCAGAUCCAAGAGCUAAAAGCUGAAGCUGUUUCCUACUUUCUUUGAUUGGUGAUUUUCCAAUGAUUUUGAUUAGCUUAUUUGAUUUAUGGACGAUGAAGCUAUAGGACCACAUGGUUGGAUUGUUAUCUGAUGCUUGGCUGCUGUGUAGUAAUGAAAGAGUACAAACACAGCACACAUUGGCAUGUUGGUUCGGAGUUUCAGGAAGUCUUGAAUUCGAGUCUUAUAUAUGUAAUGUAUGUGUGAAUUUAUCUUUAAUCGGGGUACAGUUAGUUGUCUUCUUUAGUUAAAGAUCUAAGAAUUUGUUGAAACCUAGAAUUGGAAUUUUAUGGAUUUGUAAACCACUAGAGUUCCAACCCUUAUAAGAAGAGAAAAAUCAAUGUUCUACACCUGUAAUUUUUUUUCCUUUUAUUUUUCACCUGUUUUGUUCUGUUCUGUUUUAAAACUUGUAUAAACGAAGUUAUUUUGUUCUUU